AUGUUCUCGUCCGCCUUCAAAUCCUUUACCUCGAAUAUAACAUCCAACUAUGAAGUGUCCAAACAUCCGUCUGCAACCGUAGGGGUCUGGACUAUCUUCGAUGCGAAGAAGAAGAACAGUGGCACUCAGGCGUCGAUUUUCAUCUUUGACAGGAAGUCGCUCGAUGUCACCAGCAGUGGGUUUGGGGCACGUGCUACCAGUGCCACGUCGGUGCGCAAGAUCCAGGAUGAAGUGGUCGAGCGUUUGAAGAAGGAAGCUAGCAGUCUGGCUCGCCUACGCCACCCCUCGAUUCUGCAACUGGUCGAACCCGUCGAAGAGACCCGCAGUGGAGGGUUGAUGUUUGCGACAGAGCCUGUCUUGUGCUCCUUAUCCGUUGCUCUGGCAAAGAAGGAUCGAGAUGGGAAUGGAAGGGGGAAGGGUAUCUCGCGGUCUCCAUCGAAUGAUGGAGCCACUUCUCGGCCACAGCAAGAUGUGGAAAUUGACGAAUUGGAAAUUCAGAAGGGUCUCCUGCAGGUCGCGAAAGGGCUGGAGUUCUUACACGAUUCUGCUAAGCUUGUCCAUGGGAACCUGACCCCGAAUGCCAUCAUGAUCAAUGCCAAGUCAGACUGGAAGAUCUCUGGACUCGGGUUUGCCGGGCCGCCCGAUGGGGCAGAAGGGCAUCAGACUGUUCCUCAGAUUUCUCUUUCUGAAGUGCUCCACCAUGAUUCUCGAAUACCUCGAACAGUUCAGUUGGACCUCGACUAUACUUCCCCCGAUUUCGUGCUGGACUCGAACAUCACCUUCUCGGCCGACAUCUUCUCACUAGGUCUGGUUAUCCUCGCAUGCUACCGACAUCCCCACAGGUCACCUAUUGAAACCCAUGGCAACCAGUCAACGUAUAAAAAGAUCUUCAGCAGCGCUUCCACGGUCCCUACCAGCGCAAACAACUAUCUCUGCGACGAUGCUCUACCACGGGAGUUGAACGUCACAUUGCCGAGGAUGUUAACGCGGAGACCGGCCCAGCGAAUGAGCGCCAGUGAGUUCCAACAGUCGCAAUACUUCGACAACAUCUUGGUGAAUACUAUGAGGUUUUUGGACGCAUUUCCAGCCAAGACUCCUGCAGAGAAAUCACAGUUCAUGAAAGGCCUUGGUCGAGUCCUUCCUCAAUUUCCGCCCUCCGUCCUGGGAAAGAAGAUCCUUAGUGUUCUUCUAGACGAAAUGAAGGACCGGGAACUGCUCCCGCUCAUCAUGCAAAACAUUUUCCAGAUAGUCAAAGUCGUCCCGUUCAGCAAAGAGCUUGUCUCAGAUAACAUCCUGCCACGGAUGAGAGAGACAUUCUUGUCCAAAUCGAGAUCCGAAGAACGGGACAGUGGCAAAGAGGCUGCCUUACUCGCAGUUCUCAACAACAUUCAACUCAUUGCCGACAACUGCUCUGCGAAACAGUUCAAGGAUGAUGUCUUGCCCAUUGUUCAUGUGGCCAUGGAGUCAUCGACACAUUCACUGACCGAUGCUGCUUUGCAGACAUUACCGGUUGUGCUCCCUUUAAUCGAUUUCUCAACAGUCAAGCACGAUCUCUUCCCGGUUGUGGCUAGCGUUUUCAGCAAAACCAACAGCUUGACCAUCAAGAUUCGAGGGCUCGAAGCGCUCGGGGUUCUUUGCGGCGUCUCACCCAGCCAGGUGGACAACAACAUCGACGACUUUUCUGGCAAGGGUCAGUCAGAAAAGCAUGACAAAAAUGUUUCCAGCUUAGACAAGUUCACCAUGCAGGAGAAGAUCGUCCCUCUUUUGAAAGCUAUCAAAACAAAAGAGCCGGCCGUCAUGAUGGCGGCUCUGAAGGUGUUUCGACAAAUUGGCAUCGUUGCUGACACUGAUUUCUUGGCCAUUGAGGUGAUGCCCAUUCUUUGGAACUUUGCUCUGGGGCCUUUACUUGACCUUUCUCAGUUCAGCGCGUUUAUGGAUGUCAUCAAAUUCCUCUCGAGCAAAAUUGAACGCGAACAAAUUCGUAAAUUACAGGAACUCUCUUCAAGCAGGGCUCUAGAGUCGAGGUCCACCUCCUCGUCGCACAAGCAGAUCGGCAACGGUGUCCAUCAAGCCAACCAGGUCGCAAGCCCAGAAGACGACUUUGAGAAGCUCGUCCUUGGAGAUAAGAAUGCUGACAAGGCCGAUGUAUUCGCGGGAGCGCUUUCUGAUGGGCAAAAGUUGACGCAAAAUCCGCCUUCCUUCUCAUGGUCUCCCAUGAACGCCACGCCUGGCACGAAUACACUGGCACACCAGACAGCUCCGUCAUUACCUGUUUUGCACCCACAACCUUUGUCCCGCUCGAUCACUCCGGAUGUCAGUGCCUCGGCGUUUCCAAGUCUUCAACCUACCCAGCCAUCAAGCUCCAUUUGGGGGACAUCCUCACCUUCGCCUGUACCUUCACAGAAUCAGCAUCAGGUGCUGCAACCGUCGAGUUAUCUCUCUAAUCCUGUGAGCAGCAUGUCUCCGCCGACAUCGUCAUCAAACACGACUUGGCAGCUUCCGCCGCCUCCGGGAACGCAAGUGCCGCCUAGUUCAGGGUUCGCGCCCAUGAUAGCUCCGCCUCCUGCAGGUGGCAGUCAGAGGACCGCUUGGCAACAGCCAAAUUACAGUAAUUUCGGAGUGUCCUCGCCGCCAGGGCCUAGAUUCGGCGCGCCUAUGAACGUGCUGCAGCCGCAGAAGACUCAGCAACAAACGCCUCAACAGCAGAAAACAGGUCUGGACAAGUACGAAUCUCUGCUCUGA